AUGGUGAAGAUAGAAGUUGGAAGUGUUGGUGACUCAUUCAGUGUUGCGUCUCUAAAAGCUUACUUGUCUGAGUUUAUCGCAACUCUUCUCUUCGUGUUCGCUGGAGUUGGUUCUGCUAUUGCGUUUGAUAAGUUAACCUCUGGUGGAGACUUGGACCCAGCUGGUCUUGUAGCAGUUGCGGUGGCUCAUGCUUUUGCUUUGUUCGUUGGUGUUUCGAUUGCGGCUAACAUCUCCGGUGGUCACUUAAACCCAGCCGUGACUCUCGGUCUAGCCAUCGGUGGAAACAUAAGUUUGAUCACAGGUUUCUUUUAUUGGAUCGCUCAGUGUCUUGGCUCCAUCGUUGCUUGCCUUCUCCUUGUCUUUGUUACCAAUGGCAAGAGCGUACCGACCCACGGAGUUGCAGCCGGUUUAGGAGCAGUCGAAGGUAUAGUGAUGGAGAUUGUUGUGACCUUUGCUUUGGUCUACACCGUUUACGCCACAGCUGCUGAUCCAAAGAAAGGAUCGCUCGGAACCAUCGCACCAAUCGCUAUUGGUUUCAUCGUUGGUGCCAACAUCCUAGCCGCUGGUCCAUUCAGUGGUGGCUCCAUGAACCCAGCAAGGUCGUUCGGACCAGCUGUUGUUAGUGGAGACUUGUCACAGAUAUGGAUCUAUUGGGUUGGUCCACUUGUUGGUGGUGCACUUGCCGGGCUCAUCUACGGUGAUGUGUUCAUCGGUUCGUACCAGGCGGUAGAAACCCGUGAGAUCCGAGUUUAA